ACCAAAACAAUAAAAAAAACAUACACACAAAUAUAGCAAAUGGCGAACAAGCUCUUCCUCGUCUCGGCAACUCUCGCCUUCUUCUUCCUUCUCACCAAUGCCUCCAUCUACCGAACAGUCGUGGAAGUAGAUGAAGAUGAUGCCACAAACCCAGCCGGCCCAUUUAGGUAUCCAAGAUGUAGAAAGGAGUUUCAGCAAGCACAACACCUAAGAGCUUGCCAACAAUGGCUCCACAAGCAGGCAAGGCAGUCUGGUAGUGGUCCUAGCUGGACCCUCGACGGUGAGUUUGAUUUUGAAGAUGACAUGGAGAACCCCCAGAGACCACCACUACUCCAGCAGUGCUGCAACGAGCUCCACCAGGAAGAGCCUCUUUGUGUUUGCCCAACCUUGAAAGGAGCAUCCAAAGCCGUUAAACAACAGGUUCGACAACAGGGACAGAUGCAGGGACAGCAGAUGCAGCAUGUAAUUAGCCGUAUCUACCAGACCGCUACUCACUUACCUAGAGUAUGCAACAUCCCCCAAGUCAGCGUUUGUCCCUUCCAGAAGACCACCCCUGGGCCCUACUACUAGAUUCCAAACAAAACCCUAGAGUGUAUGAAUGUGGUUGUGGAUCUAUGUCAACACCACACCUCAUCGCGUGUUUCAUAAUAUGUAAGGUCUUAUGUAGGAUGUUUGAGGCUAAUGUAAUUAGCACUACUCCAUAAUAAAAGAGGUUUCUAAUGUUUACUUCGA